AUGGCAUCCCAACGCAUCCUGGCCACGCCGCCCUCCCAGGGCGCCAUGCUCGAUCGCCUCGUCGACGCUGUCCGCCGCUAUAAUGCGCGCCAGCCGCGCCUCUACGUCGGGCUGGGCGAUUGUAAUCUCGAUGUGGAAAUGCCUCUGCUUCUCAACCCGACUGGCGCGCCCGUCGCGUGCAUGGAGCCGCCCGACGAGUUCGAGGCCGUCAACGCCCACUUUUCAGCCCAAGUGCACGCCUUUUUCAACGCACUGCACGCCCUCGAGCACAUGGCAGUCGAGCAGUCCCCCGACGAGCCUCACGAGCCGGGUCUCAUCCGGGAAGACGGCGGCCUACAGCUCGCCAUCCGCAUCGUCAACCAGUCCUAUGACAUCUACCCAGACUGCUGGCACCGCAUUUUCCACACCCGCCGCCUCGCCGUCCAGAACCCGGACAGCCUACCUCUCCUCAACCGUGUCACCCAGCUUCGCGUCUUGCCCGCCACGAAUUACUCUAAUGCGCCGGACAUGCACUUCGUCCAUCUGCGGCCCGUCUCUCCGCGCGUGCCCCUCGAGCUCGCCGCCCGCCUCCCCCACCUUCGCGAGCUCGACUGCCCCUGGCUAUGGGAGCGCCUCCCCCUUGCCUUCUCGUCCCAGGCGCUGCGCAUAUGUUCCCGCCCGUGGGAAGGUCCUUGGCGGGAUGCCCGCAUCGAGUUCGGGCGCGGCGUGCGCCAGCUCAUGCCCCUGCUGCCAUCCUCCCUGACCAAGGCCCGUCUCUGGUUCUGGAGGCUCAACUCCUGCGGGGACGACACGGAUCAAGCAGUGCAUAUGCCCGACCUUGUCGAUGCGCCGUCAUCGUCGUCGUCGUCGUCGUCGUCGUCCCCCUCUGAGUUUGAAGGCAUGGACCCUGUGUCUCUUGGGUUGGGGGACCUGGGGAGUCGCCUGGAGGAACUGAGCAUCCGCGCACUCAUCACCCCCGACCUUUUCCGUUCCUUAUCAUGGCCGCACAUGCGGCACCUCAAGGUGGAAUUCCACCCGUGUGCGCCCGACGGUAGGUGGUACUUUUCCGGCCCAAGAGGCGAAGAUCCCCAUGCCAUGGGUUUCGCCAUCACGAGAGAGGAACACUACCCGCCGGGCCUGGAAGACGCCGAUGAGACGCACGCCUUGCUGUCCCGCGAGGAAGACGAGUUCACGGGCGACGACGAGAUGUGCCUUGAACGUCGGCCUGACAUGUUUCGCAUCCUCCCCAUUGCGGAGCGCAUCAACCCUCUGCUCAUGGCGUUUGCCUUGUCUCUGCAGCGACAAAACAUGCCAUUCAUUCAAGACGCGGAGAUGUUUACGUGGCUGCUGUGGCGGCCGUCUGAGGAGCGGGCUCAAGAGUAUCAAGGGAAUGAUGAUGCGCCUCCUUCGGAUGAGGACCAGACCGUUAUGUUCCGAUGGGGUGUAAGAUACGAUGCGCCCGACGGAGAUGGGAAAGGAAAGGUGACGUGGCAGGUCGGUGAGGACUGGAGGCCGGGAGACGAACUUCUCAAGGCGUUUGGAAAGCUUGUGGGCGGGGACGGGGAGAAUAUGGAGUGGGAAGUGUUUGAUUUUGUGGAGGAGAGGGAGCCGGAAGCCGAGAUCUUUUGA